UGAGAAUGGAACAAAAGAAAACCUUCAUGAUGUGCUUCAUUUACUGAUCCAGUUGGAAGUAGACCUUGACACUGUCAUCUCAGAAGGAAACACAGUACUUCACUAUUGUACUCGUCUCCCCUUUUUGGCAAUACUCAGUGUAUUCCUUUGUUUAUCAAUGUCGAAAUUUAUGGAGAGCAAGUUUACGAACCAGAAUGCAAAACUAAGUUUAUUGAGAGCCUCCAAGAAUUACAUUUGCAACCCACAGUCUGUGGAAAAAAUCGAGAAACUUUUUACAGUAACGAACACUAUUGAGAAUGGAACAAAAGAAAACCUUCAUGAUGUGCUUCAUUUACUGAUCCAGUUGGAAGUAGACCUUGACACUGUCAUCUCAGAAGGAAACACAGUACUUCACUAUUGUACUCGUCUCCCCUUUUUUGGAGUGCCCAAAGAGGUUGUCAUGAAAAUUUUUAAACUUCUUAGUGAAAAUGGGGCUACAUUUAAUGCCAGAAAUGCUUGUGACGAAACACCAAUCWUGUUUUGUUUAUCUUCCGACACUUGGCGUCACGCAACGAGAAACGAUACAUGGCGUGAGGUAAAGACAUUGGUCGAGYUGUGUCAAUUCCUACUCGCYCAAAUCGAUUGGAAAUGUAAUGAGACAAACGAGGAAGGAAAGACGGUAUUUCAUUUAAUUMUGGAACUUUUUCAAGUUGCUUUUCAUCUUGAUGRYGAGGAGGUCAGGUGUGUUGUUCUAGAAAAUGCUUUGGAACUCUUGGAGUUAUUUUCACCUGGAGAAUCUGUAUCUGUCAACAAACUAGAUAACAAUUUGCAAUCACCUCUUCACCUAUGGGCAACGCUUUGCYUAUCGUCCGCGARRGAGUACACUGGAAAGGUGACYAAAGAUCACACUUUUAAAGAAAUACUUGAAAAGAUACUUAAGCAUUUGCUUASCUGCGGGGCAAUAGUCAAUGCAAUAAAUAGCAAGGAACAAACGGCUCUUCAUCUCUGCAGAACAUGGAGUGCUGUCAAGCUUUUGAUUCAAUAUCRAGCUAAUAGGAAUGCUCUUGACAUCCAGAAACGUCCACCCCUCCUGAUUGCAGCAAAUGCAAAUGUAUCUAAAGGAAACCCAGGUAAGCUUUACCCUGACGUCACUGAAAGCUCCUUCGCAUUUUUUAAAGAAUGUAGGUGCUUARGCAUUGAUCUKUGGGGAAAAGAUGUUUACUYUAGCAAAACUAUCUUGAGUAUUCUAUUARAAUCCGAGGACUUUCUGCUUACUGACGCUUUAGUCCAAGUGGCUUGUGAAGACCCAAAUAGUAACUUGGAGGAUAUUUUAGAAACUGUUUGCAGUGACSCGUCUACACACACCAAAUGGAAKGUGAAACUYGUUGAGAGGAUUAUGAARUCAAAUCGUCACUUUAACUUGUCAACGSCUCUUAUCGGUUGCUGCAAAAAUAUCAUUGAGCUKCAUGAUACUGAAUCAUCAGUGGCCUCUGGUAGAGAUAUUSAYAGAUCCGAUGACUGCAAUGCUGAUGACGACGAUGACAGAAAUCAUUAUGGUGGUGACGACGAYAAUGAUGGAACGCCUCCAAUGAAAAAGYCAAAAUACSAURCCUCGCAYGAAARAUCUAUGAUGCCAGUUCACUGGGAAAUUGCAAAGCUUCUUCUUUGCURUGGAGCAGAUAGCGGUCCAUGCGWAGAUAUAGCAARAAGCAAUCUAGAGUUGCAGAGUCUUUUGAAAUCAAAAGUUGAUAUAAGCCAAACUGAAUCGAUWCUGCCUUGGACUUCUCAUUCGAAGGUUCAUAAACCCAAACUUGAUCUUGUGGCGAGACGUCAGAACUUUAAAGUAGUUAGCAACUACUGGUAUCAYGAGGAACCCAUUGGAAAGGGUGCAUUUGGUUGUGUCUUUGCAGGGAUCAAUGAAAAGGACGGGCGAGAAGCUGCCAUAAAAAGAGUUGAAAAGGUGAACRURGCUAAACUGRAAAACAAAAGAGAGAUAGCAAAUCUGAUUGAGCUCAUUGAUUGCAAACACGUUGUYCAAUACAUUUCUGUUGAUGACCAGAAAGAAGACUUUGAUUAUAUUUUUCUUGAGCUGAUGGAAGGUAAUCUAGAAGAUUUCWUURACAGUGCUGAUUUUKAUAGAAKCASAAGAAUACYUCUUUGUAAACAUGUGCUGMUGGGACUAGACCAUUUACAUAAGCACAAAAUUGUUCAUCGUGAUCUCAAACCACUAAACAUCCUGUACAAAACAUAUCCAGAAUUGAUUCUCAAGAUCGCUGACUUUGGUUUGAGUCGCCAAAUAGAUGCMAAUGCUUCUUUCACUCUGAGGGCAACCAAUUUUGGAACAAGGGAGUGGAUCGCUCCAGAAGUGGUCAAGUCCGCUGACCAUGAGCAUAGGGAUUCAUCYGACGUUUUCKCAUGUGGACUUGUCCUCCACUACAUCAUGUCAGUACAAAAACAUCCWUUUAGCCCAAAAGAAUCUACUGGAAAGAGCCUUUACCAAGUWAGCACAGAAACCGCAGCGAACAURUUGAAACACGAAAUGACAGGAUGGGACAGCUCUCUCAGUCYGGAAUCGACCCACCUCAUCAAGAAGUUGCUUGAAGAAGAUCCAAAAGACCGGCUUACUGCAGCACAGGCACUGGAACAUCCAAUGUUUUGGUCGGACAAAGAAAAAAUAAAUUUCCUUCUCGAAGUUGGUGAGGAAUUUCGCUCUAAUGAUAACAGAACGAUCARAAGAAUCAAAGAAAAACUGGAAGAUMAGUUCGGUGUUAUCGUGAAMCACGGUGCUUGGAMUGCAAAAGAAUACSMMAAAAUGACUAUUAUCUUACAGAAGAUGUCACAUCACUGUAAAUACGAUGUUAAAUCUGUGGAGUCGUUGUUGCGYCUGUUAAAAAAUGCAAAAUCACAUUUUUGUGAUCAGAAGUGUAACCCAGUUGGGAAGUUGUUGCUUGAAGAUUACAUCUAUCUGGAAUAYUUUCCAAACCUUGUAAUGGAGRUYUAUAAAAUCUGCGUUGAAAUUCAUCAUUGGGACGUGAAAAAGUUAAGGAUCAAACACGCUCUGAGAGACUAAAGAACGAAACAGAAUCUGAUUCUGGAAGCCGAAAAGAGUCAGCUUUGGCCUGAACACCGUCUACACAGAUGUUUACAACAAUAAAAGACUGAGACCAAAAGCAUGAGACAYGGUUACCGCUGAAAGAGCAUAAUGACACACAUUUUAGGGGGAUGUACAGCAAUUCACUGGUUCUGGUUUUAGUUUUCUAGUAUCGAGUACCAGAAAAAAUAGAAAUUUUACUAAAGUUGUUGUGCAUUGCAUUGUGUAUAGAAAAACAACACUUUUAAGAGUACACUUUUAAAACACAUAUUCGUUUUUACCAUAGUUACUAUGUUGCAGUUUUCUACAAAAAAAAUCGCUUGACUGAUAAAGCUUAAAGUUAAUUUAUAUAUCAUAGAAUUUAUAGUUAGUUGGUUUAAUUAGUAUAGUCAAGGGAAAACUACAAUAUCAUUAAGGUUAAACUCAUGAUAGUUGACUAAGAAUUGUACGGCGUUUUAGGAAAGUUCAAUAAUUAUAUGGUAAGUAAAUCAGUUAAAGAAUCUUUAAAAUCUGUUUUAAUCGUUUUAGAAAUUUUCCGAAAGUACUUAUGGCGAUGCAUAUCUAUAGGAUAUAUCAUUUAACAGUACAAGGAUGUCAAAAAAAGAAAGAAAGAUAGAUAGAAAAAA